AUGGAGACACUGAGCAGGCUUAUCGCCGGGCGCAAGGCCAAGAGGGUCACCCAAGCCCGAGUGCCUACGGAUGAGAUCCUGCCCGUCUUCUUCUUCGACGACACCCCCAUGCUACGAAAUGCCGUCAUGUGCUGGACCAUGCGCUUCAACGAUGUUCUCGAUCCGGAGAAGCUGCAUCAAAGCCUCGCGCGAUUGCUGGAAAGAGGAGAUGGAUGGAGGAAGCUCCGAGGCCGCAUUCGGCUCAAUCAACGCGAUAAACUAGAGAUUCACGUCCCUCAACCCUCUACGCCGGAGCGUCCGGCAUUGACCUUCUCUCACGUUUCGUUCGAGACAAGCAUCGACGAGCACCCGUUGGCAUCCAAACUCCCAAGACCAACUCAGUCUCCAUCGCUCCAAGCCAACCAUGGCGAUUUCAAGAGUCUCGGCAUUUCCCCCAACGCGCCGCGCACCAUAGACGACUAUCUAACCACCGAUGCUCCUCAGCUUUCGCUUCACAUUGUCUCUUUUACAGACGCAACCUUGGUCUCGUUGACGUGGCCGCAUAUAUCCUCUGACGGUGUGGGCCUGCGAGAUCUGGUCGAAGCUUGGAGCUUGAUUCUCGCCGGCCACGACGAUAAAGUGCUGCCAAUGAUGACCGCUUGCACAGAGGAUCCCAUGGCAACUGCAGGCUUGGAUCCGAAUUUCCAGGAGAAGCACAUCCUCGAAAAGCACCACAUGAAGGGGUGGAGAAUACUCGUCUGGGGCCUCCGCUAUCUCCUGGACAUUGUCUGGUGGCCAAGGAUGGAGACGAGGACCGUGUAUCUUCCACGGGAGGCUUGCGAGAAGAUGAGAACAGACGCAAUGGCCUCGCUGCAGGCCGCUGCACGUCAUGGCCCAGGAAUGCCAACCCCAUUUAUCAGCGACGGCGACGCCAUAGCGGCGUGGAUAUCGUGCAUGGCGGCCAAGGAGCUCUCUGCAUCUUCAACAAGGAGUGUGGUCAUCCUGACCCCCGUUGAUGUCCGAAGCCGCAUGCCCUCCCUCUUUCCCGUGAAGCAGACCGAGGGCGUCUAUAUCCUCAACGCCGCUCCUAUCGUGUCCACCAUUAUCAAUGCACAGGACAUGCUUUCUGGAGAUGACGCCAUAGCCAAGACGGCACAAUGUCUUCGACGCAGUCUGAGGGUUCAGACCUCUGAAGGCCAGCUCCACGCGCUGAACCGCCACGAAAGAAUAUCAAUCGCCGAAAAUGGUCUCCCAGCCUUUUUCGGAGACAUGAGCAGCUUUGUUGUCAUCUUGUCAAACAUGACCAAGGCCCAAUUCGUCGAGAAACUGGACUUUGGGCCGGCCGUGAUUCACAAAGGCACCGGCAGUAGUCGACUCAAGGAGCGCUGGGCCGGCUCAUCGGACCAGAUCUCCCUUCCUGGGAGAAUGGUUUACUAUCACAUGCAGGGGCUGGGCGAUGAAAAUAUCUUCAUGCGGAACAACUUCUUUCUGUUUGGGAUGCCUGGCGGAGAUUACUGGAUCAAUGGAAGUCUUCCCCCUGCGAUAUGGCGCAAGGUUAGGGACUCAUUUUCAUCUAUAUAUGUGGAGCCAGAUGAUAUUCAUGCCUCCGCCAACAGAAUCUAG